AUGUACGAUUUUACCUCAACUGACGGUAUUGUGACGAGGUCUGGUGCGCACGUGCGGAGGAAUUUGAUAAUUUCCGCAAUAGUAUGUCUUGUUCUAGGACUGACUUUCGGUCUUCUCAUCGGAAGAUUCGGUACAUGUCCGGAGAAAUCGGAAGGGAACGUUCAAAAUGGCGUUUUCCUGCCAGGUGUCCCCGACCAAAUUGUUCAAGACGGGGAUCCUACCAUCAGAGACGAAAUCAUCAACAAUAUCAAAAGUGACAACAUCAGAGAUUAUCUAAGAGCCUUGUCGGAGUUUCCCCAUCUUGCUGGUACUGAUGCUGACUACCGCCAAGCGAAAGAACUACACGACUUCUGGAAGCACGAAGGGUUGGAUGAGGCUUACCUCACUCCUUAUGACGUGUUACUUUCCUAUCCAAACGUCACUGAUGACGACAUGAUGAACCGGAUAGAGUUGUUAAACGAUACAGAUGGGAUAGUGUACCACUCCCCUUUAAGGGAAGCAAUACUACACCCGUCUGAAAACAAGAGUAACGUUGUCCCUCCCUUCAAUGCCUACUCUGCCCCAGGGGACGUAGUAUCGGAGCGUUUGGUUUAUGUUAAUUACGGGCGACUGGAAGACUACCGCUGGCUGAGGAACAACACCUCUGUCAACAUCACGGGAGCCAUUGUAAUAGCCCGAUAUGGAAAAAUCUUCCGAGGUGAUAAGGUUCACCUGGCUAGCGCAUAUGGCGCAAUCGGUAUUAUUAUUUACUCUGACCCUGCCGACUACACCUUGAACGGAAGUACGUCACAUGUGUAUCCGGACGACUGGUGGCUCCCUCCGUCUGGAGCACAGCGGGGCACUGUGUAUCGCGGACUCGGGGACCCACUGACUCCAGGCUAUCCUGCCACAGACACGUCAUACAGAUACGCAGAAAAUAGCAGCGAAGCUCAAUUACCUACCAUUCCCGCCCACCCUGUAGGUUACGGUAUAGGACAGAAUCUACUCAGCGCUAUGGCAGGAGAGGAGGCACCAGCUGACUGGAGAGGAGCAUUGAAUAUUACCUAUUACAUUGGUGGAGAGCUCAAUACACCAGGCUGGAAAAUCAGAAUGUUUAUUUCAACACAAAAUGCUAUGAGGAGGACAUACAAUGCGUUUGGAAUCAUACGAGGGGCUAUAGAACCGGACCGUUAUGUGUUGGUGGGUAAUCACAGAGAUGCCUGGGUGUUCGGUGCUAUGGACCCGUCCAGUGGUACUGCUGUGAUGAAGGAAGUUUCUAGGGCGAUGGGUAAUCUGGUGAAACAAGGAAGAUGGCGACCUCGACGAACCAUUAUUUUCUGCAGUUGGGGCUCAGAGGAGUAUGGACUUUUGGGAUCGAACGAAUGGGUAGAGCAAUAUGUGAAGAACCUAGGUUCACGGUCAGUUGCUUAUAUCAAUGUAGACACCGCCGUGAAUGGGAAUUAUUCAUUUCAAGCCUCCGGGACACCUUUGAUGUAUCAGUCGAUAUUCGACGCCACUAAACAGGUAGCCAAUCCUGAUGAUGGAGACGUACAACAAGGUCUAAACACGGUCUACGACAAAUGGCUCAGAAGCUUUCCCGCCCAGGACAACACCAAACCAUAUAUGGGGACGCUUGGGGCAGGUAGUGACCACGCCGUGUUUGUACAACAUGUCGGCAUUCCGUGUGUGAGCAUUCAGUAUUCAUACGACAGUAAUACCUAUGAGAUUGGGUCAUAUCCCUUGUAUCACACUGUGUACGAGACAUUCUACGCUGUAGAUCAACUUAUUGAUAGAGGCUUCAAGUGUCACCAAGCCAUGGCUCAAACCACAGCAGAGAUGGUCAGGAAUCUUGCCGACUCACUCAUCAUUCCUUUCGAUGUAAUGGACUUUGCUAACAAUCUUCAGACAUUAGUUAGCACACUGGAUGCGGAUUAUGGAACACUCCUCAGAAAUCAUGGCAUUCAGUUUGAAUGGAUAAAGCAGGCAGCAGACAACUUUUCUUCAGAAGCAGCGACAUUCAAGACGUUGAUUGAUAAUGUCAACAAGAACGAUCCGUUCGCCAUUCGGCGAAUUAACGAUCAACUGAUUUUGAUGGAGCGAGCGUUCACGGAUCCUUCUGGACUUCCAGGUCGACCUCAAUCUAGACAUAUCCUAUUUGCGGAGAGUAGUGUGAAUACCUAUGCGGGAAGCAGCUUUCCAGGCCUGGUUGAUGCUUUAUUUGAAAUAGAGUCGAAAGUGGAAGCAGAGGCACGAUGGGAGAUUGUGAAGCACCAUUUUUCAGUGAUCGUAUUUACAAUUAACUCAGCACAGUCAACGCUCAGAGAAGUGUCCACAUUUAUGCCAGAACUUCAAGACCUACAGUAAAAAUGUUUUUGUUAAAGUCACAAGCGCAGUAAUGAAACAGAACCUAUGUAAGGCAUACUUUUUAUCCUGUAGUGAUCCUUAUUCUAAUUAAUUUCCAUUUAUUUCUGUUGCACUUUCAAAAAUCUAAUAUUUACGAGACGACUUUUUUCAAUAUUGUACCAAACACUGUACCAAAUAAUACCAAUACAUUUCAAAAAAAUGUUAUCAUACACACGUAACACCGAUUUCAUGUUUAACCAGUCUUGUGUAACACCGUUAAGCUCAUAAACUGACGAUGAACCCUAACCAGGUAACUGAGGAGAAUAUUAAUUAGUAUUUCACAUUAACUGUCUCUCUUGUUUUUCCUUCACUUGUUCUUCCUCUUGUUUUAUGAUAUCAGUAAGCUCAGAAUAUGCAAGACAUGUUCUGAGAUUCGGACAGACAAGAAGUACUCCACUCCUGUGUGUUGCUUAUGUUGAUACGUGAUAAAAACGAGAGACGUAAAAGUAUUGUGAAAUAGUAAUGUUAUAUUUUUUAAACGCUUACCUUGGCUCUGUAGACAAGAGAAACACGAUUCAUAUGAAAUGUCACGAUAUCAUUGCUUCAGUACAGGACAGUAAAUAUUGUGAAUACGUGUUUUGAGAGCACGGAUCUUGCAUACAUCUACAUAUGUUUUCUCUGUAGUAUUAUUUGUUUAUUGUGUUGUACAAACCUCGGUAACAUCACAAAAUUGUUUAGGUUCGCCUGAGUGAGGCCUGGAGUAAUAUCAUAUCUGUUCCGUUACUUUGCUUGCGUUGUAACCAGCCUGAGGAUGUGAACACACUGUAAAUAUAAGUAUGUAAACGGAUCACAACCAAAGGUAACAUAUCGUCUUUAGAGUACAUGUAAGCUACCGCGUUCAAUUGUCUCGUGUAUAGUUUAUUUCCCUUUUCCCUUGUAUUUGCUUUGUUUUCGUCACUCUUGCUCACUUCUUGAAAAUUUGAUUAUAAUUCUCUCGCUUAAAAUGUUUGUAAUUCUAUAAUUACAUUUUUUUCUUUGAAAUCUUAGAAUUAUGAAGUUGUCACUGUUAUCUAUCAAUACAAACUGGUUUUUGUGUGAUUAUUUAAGCUAAGAACCUGAUGCUAUUGAAGCAAAACGAGCAUUUAGCAGAAACCUACAAAGGGAAAUGAUUGAGUCCUGUAUGUAAAAAAUAUGUGA